UUAGAAACUCGAGUCCGGCAGAUGGAAACGAAGCACUUGAAGGAGCUGGAGGACAUUCGGACCGAGAAGGACCAGCUCCAGCAGCUGGUGAGCCACCAGAGCAACACAAUAGAAGGUCUGGAGAAGUCCCUUCAUGUCGCCAGCAGUAACGCCAGCCUUCUUCAGCAACAGCAGCUGCAGCUCCUGGAAUCGGUCCAGAAUUUGGUCUCCUUAGUCUCCGAAGGAAAAGUUCUUCUGAAAAAAGAAGACCGGCUGUUCCAGGACUGCAUGGACAUCCUUCAAUCUGGAUUCAACCUCAGUGGGGUUUACACACUCCACAUUAACAAUCUGACUGAACCCAAAAAGGCCUUUUGCGACAUGGAAACCGAUGGAGGAGGCUGGACGGUCAUUCAACGCCGGAUCAACGGCAGUGUUAGCUUCCAAAAAACCUGGAAAGAAUAUAAACAGGUUUGCUACUGGUGUUUUCCAGUGACCAUGGCUGUGUCCAGAUGUUGGUGGUUUGAUGCCUGCGGCCAAUCCAACCUGAACGGUAUUUACUAUCCGGCUCGCCACAACAUGCGGAAAUUGAACGGCAUCCGCUGGCAUUACUUCCAAGGCCCAGGAUACUCAUUAAAAGCCACGCGGAUGAUGAUCAGGCCUUCCGGCGGCCGCGAAGGGGCGUGA